AUGGAAGAAAUUAUAUUAAAAAUUGCAUUUCAUUCAAUACAAUUAAAUGAAUUGAAUUCAUAUAAAUAUGGUAUUAUUAUACCAUUAAAUAAACAAAUCAUAUGUAAACAAUUUAAUUUAAAUCAAUGGCCAAUAACAAAAUUAUGGAAAAAAAUUUUUCAAAAUUUAUUUCAUUUAAAAUUAAUACAACGUUUUCAUGAAUCCAAAUUACUAUUACCAAAUAAUAAUGAUGGAUUAAUAGUCCCAUAUGAAAUUGGAAUAGACGAAAGGAAGUUUACAAUCAUAACAAGUUUCUAUUCAUAUGGUAAUUUAUUUGAAUGGUUUCAACAAAGAUCUAUAUUAUCUAUGGAAGAUGCAUGUACUGUUAUAGAAUAUUUAUGUAAAGCUGUUAAUUAUCUACAUGAGAGACAUAUAUAUCAUGGUAAUAUUAAACCAUAUAAUAUUUUCUUUAAAAGUGAUAAUCCUAAAUCAUUAUCAUUAGUAUUAGAUUUUAGUGUUUUAACAGAAAUCAAUUUAUUAUGUAAUACUAAUACUAAUAGUAAUAAUAAUAAUAGUAAUAUGACAAAUUUGUUAUUUAUUUAUUGGUCACCAGAAUAUAUGAAUGAUAUCAAGUUAACCAAUGAUUAUAUCAAUGCAACUACUACUACUACUACUUAUAACAAUAAUAUUAAUAAACAACAGAAUAUAUAUGAACUAAUUAAAGCAUUAUGGAAUAAGAAAUCUAUGGAAUUAGAUUCAUGGUCUAUUGGUAUUAUCAUGCAUUUAUUAUUUACUGGUAAAUUACCAUUUUUAGAGCAUAAAAAUUUAUAUAACUUUUUAAAUUAUAUAAAUAAUACUACUACUAAUAAGAAUACUACUCAAACACAAUUAAGUAGUUUAUUAUUGUUAUCUAAAAUUGAUAAAAAUAUAUAUGAAAUAGUUACUAUGUUAUUAAAUAUUGAUAUGAAUAAACGAUAUAAUUAUAAACAAUUAAUAACAACUUAUUGGUAUAAUGAUAUUAUUAAAGAAAAUAAACAAAGGGAUAUAAAAUCAAUUAUAGAAUAUAAUUUUUUAACUACAUUUAUAAAACAUCAAAUGGAAACAGAAAAUAUAAUGAAACAAUUAAAACAUUUAAUGAAGAAUACAAAUUCAAAUGUACAAUCAUUAUCAUGA